AUGGAGUUGGAAGAGGAUGACAAUGGCACUACCAUGGAUUGGUGUGAUAUCAAGGAUUCAGAGGACCCUGAGUAUAGACCAAAGAAAGAAGGGGAGGUUCUGUUUUUGUUUCAUAACAACAGAUUUGAAAAGAUCAGGAUGGAUGGCCCGGAAUGCCGUAAUGAUCGCAGAGUGGAGAUGUCAGAAGCAAUUAGAGAUAUUGGUGAAUCGCCAAAGAGUUCAAUUUCCCUUCCCAUGAAAAAGGAUGUUGGAAAGUGGGCAACCUUGUUUCUAGCUUAUGAAACGCUUGGAGUUAUUUAUGGAGAUGUUGGCACUUCACCCCUCUAUACCUUCAAUUUUCUUACUGUAAAUCAUGGAGAAGACAAGAAUCAUAAACCGACGAAGGAGGAUAUUUUGGGAUAUCUGAGCAUCAUAUACUGGUCAUUAACAUUCAUCAGCCUCAUCAAGUAUAUCUUGAUUGUUAUCAGAGCAGAUGCUCACGGAGAAGGAGGAACAUUUGCUCUAUAUUCAUUGUUAUGUCGGCAUGUCAAUAUGGGGCAAAAUGGUGGAACGCAGUUCGAACAAUUUCCUCCGAAUUAUAGUUUAACCCAUUUUGGAAAACGAUAUAAUCUGAGAAAUCUUAACUACAAGAUAAAGGAACUGCUUGAGAAGAGUGCAGUGGCACAGAGAGUUCUGCUUAUUUUUGUGAUGAUUGGCACCUACAUGGUGAUUGGCGAUGGAGCACUCACCCCUGUAAUUUCAGUGUUGUCUGCUGUCGAAGGAAUUCAAGUAGAGACCUAUAGACUCGGCAGAGAUGCUGUUCUGGGCGUGUCAGCUGCAAUCCUUGUACUACUCUUUCUUGUUCAAAUAUUUGGUACUGGUAAAGUGAGUUUUCUAUUCUCCCCUAUAGCGAUUGUUUGGUUCGUUAGCAAUGCCAUUAUUGGAGUAUAUAACAUUAUUAAAUACUACCCGGGAGUAUUCGAGGCAAUGAGCCCUUACUACAUAGUCCGUUUCUUUCAAAAUAAUGGGAAACAAGGAUUGGUGCUCCUUGGAGGCACAGUCUUAGCUGUAACAGGUUCUGAGGCUAUGUUUGCUGACUUGGGCCACUUCAAUCAGGAUUCCAUCCAGAUUGCUUUCUCUUUUCUGGUCUACCCUGCCCUGAUUCUGGCAUACUCGGGGCAAGCAGCUUAUUUGAUCAAGAAUAAAGAGGACGUAGAGAAUGUAUUCUACAAAUCAUUACCAAAAAACAAGGCAGUGUAUUGGCCAAUGUUUGUUGUUGCCACUUUAGCGGCCAUAGUUGCCAGUCAAGCAUUGAUUUCGGCAACCUUCUCAAUCAUAAAGCAAUCUAUGGCACUAGGUUGCUUCCCUCGGGUGAAGAUUAUUCAAACAUCAAAAGACAAGGAGGGUCGGAUCUACUCUCCAGAGAUUAACUACAUAUUAAUGAUUCUCUGCCUUGCAAUACUCUUGGGUUUCAAAGAUGGUACCUCAAUUGGAAACGCCUAUGGUGUUGCUGUGGUUUCCGUGAUGCUUAUUACAACAUGCUUGGUGAGCGUGAUCAUGCUUGUAGUUUGGAACAUACAUAUAUCACUUAUACUGCCCUUCUUUAUAGUCUUUUUCCUGAUCGAAGGUAUUUAUCUGUCAUCUCUAUUGAAUAAGGUACCGCAAGGUGGUUGGGCUCCGUUUCUAAUUUCGGUAUUCUUUCUGAUCAUAAUGUUCUUUUGGAAUUAUGGGCGGAAUAAGAAGAAUACAUAUACAAUGGAGAAAAAAUUAAGUCCACAAGAUGUGAAUGAACUGGUUGCCAAAGUGGGCUACAGAGUACCAGGAGUUUCUUUCUUUUGCAGUGACCUCCUCUAUGGUUUGCCACCAAUGUUUAGGCACUAUGUGAAUACUAUGGGUUCUCUUCAUGAGAUUCUUAUUUUUCUUACAGUAAGAGUGCUUCCAGUCAAGAGUGUGCUAAUAGAAGAGAGAUACCAGGUUCGGAGACUGGGACCAAAGGGUACCUACAGAUGUAUAGCUCAAUAUGGUUAUAUGGAUGACCCGAGCUUUGAAGGAGAUGAAUUUAUAAACCAGGUUAUUGAAAGCAUAAAAGAAUACAUCAGGACCACUAGUAGAGAAGGUCGGGAUCAGAGCAGGACUUUAGUGGCAGAGAAUAACUUCUCUGCAUAUGAGGAAGUGCAACAGCUUGAAUUGGCAAAGAAUGUGGGGGCAAUGUUUGUGUUGGGGAAAACUACACUCAAAACUAGUGAGAAGACUGGUGCUUUUGAGAGAUUUGUGAUUGACAAUAUCUAUGAUCUUCUUGAAAAGAAUUGCAGAUCAACCAUUUCCACCUUGCACGUACCACUUGCACGACUCUUUCAAGUUGGAAUGGUGUAUGAAAUAUAA